AAUAGAACUUAUCACGCUGCCAGUCGAAUGUUAGAUGCCCUGGAGAAGAAUACCCAAUGGCUAGGAGACAACAACAAUAAAAUACCGUUAGUAUACCGCAAGGCAGUAGAGAUAGCUGCUCUUUUACAUGAUAUUGCCCAUGGGCCAUUUUCUCAUGCCUGGGAGCAUGUAGUAAAAGAUUAUGUACAUGAAACCGAAGCAUUUCCCUGUAUCGAUCAUAUAUUUGAGCAGAUAAAUCAAGACCUAUUUCCAGAAUUGCGUAGCAACAACAAUUUUGGUAUAGAACUAAUUAAGGCCCUAAUAGAUGGCCGUAUUGAUAAAUUUAAGUUGGCAGCACAACUACCCCAGCAAUUUCGUUUUAUAUUUGAGAUUGUCAGUAAUAAACGUUCAAAACUAGAUGUUGAUAAAUGGGAUUACCUAAAACGUGAUUCCUAUUAUUUAAAGCAUCUAAGUCAACCCAAUAUGGAUUUUGAUGAUGUCUUCCUAAAGGCUAGAGUUUCCGAUUGUGGCACACAAAUCGAAUAUCGUUAUGAGGAUUAUGAUAAAAUAUAUAAUUUGUUUGCAGCUCGUUAUGAUUUUCAUGUUAAUUGUUAUAGUCUACCCGAAUAUAUAUUAUGUGAUCAUAUCCUUAGUUUGGCGGUACAAGAAGUUAAACCAAAAAUUAAGAAUAAAUUGGUAACGGAACUUGGUGCUCGUCAUAUGCAAGAAUUUUUACAAUUAACCGAUAACAAUAUUUUGCAAUUGGUUAAAACAAGUAAUUUAAGUAAAUUUUUGCAAUAUGAUACCAAAUUUGAAGAAGUUAAUGAAAUUCCUGAAAAGACUGUUCCUGCUUAUGUUGAAAUAGCGAGUUUACAAAUGUAUAUGCCCAAAGGAGAGAGAAUAAGUUUUUAUGGUGAUAUUAAAAACAAACCUUUAAUUGAUGAUCAAACUAAAUUUAUUCGAAAAACUUAUACUGGCUAUUGUGAUCAGAGCACACAAACAGUUUAUUAUACUGUGCAACACGAAUGAUUUUGUUAUAAAAAUUAGGAGGAAGAAACCAAAAUUACCUCGAAGGAAAAGUGUUGAAAGGAAAAAAUAUCAAAAUAAUGAACAAGAAAAUUAUAAAGUUAAUUAAGUUCUCGAACAAUGUCAUUUUUUUAUGAAUUGUUUGUUUAACAUUUUCGUUUCUUUUAUAUAAUUUAUAAAAUAUGAUAUGUAAUAUCUCCAGUUAGAUAUUAUUAGAAUAAUUUAAUGAUAAUCUUCCAAAUUUCUUCAAUGUUUUUUUUUUUUUUUUUUUGUUUAACAUAGUGAUUUGUUUGUUAUUUAUGUUUUAUAUUCAUGUUAAUUUAGUUUUAAUAUUAUUUAAAAUGUUCAUUAAAAUAUUUUAAAUUCAAUUCGAAUUAAAAAUAACUAACACACCAAAAUAUGUUCUUUAAAACAUAGUUUUAACUUAUCAUUAGUUAUAGUUUAAACUUUAUUAAUGUUUCUUUAAUAAUUUUUAUAAUUUUAUUCCAAAUAUUUAACCAAAUAUGUAUUUUUUAAUUGCUAACUGUUCAGUUUAAUCAUUAGCUUUAGUUGUUAGUAUAUAAAAAUAUAAAGGUAUAUUUUAAUCAUUCUCUUAUAAUAUCUUAAUGUCUUAACUUUUUUCAUUACAUUCGAUAUUAUGUUUUUAAAACAUAUUUUUUUUUUUAUAUAUUCAUUGUAAAAAAAGCGGAAAAAAAUUGAAGUUAUUUUGAAUAAAAAUUC